AUGGCAGAUACAGAUACAGCAGUCGAGCCACCACCAAGCUACUCCUCCCUACCUCCCUCACAACCAUCCCAACCUCUACCUUCUUCAACCCCAAGCCUACCAGAACGAACCGGAACCCACGAAUACCACCUCCAACGCGUCGCCCCCCACAGCCUCGGCCUACAAAUCCUCCACAACUCCACCGUCCUCUACUACCUAGCCUCCUACCAAGCCCAAAACACCCCCGACCUAAUCCUCUACGCCGGCUACGACUCCAAAGGCCCUCAACUCGCCCUCGCAAAGUUCGAAAACUCCACCAAAAACUUCAAAACCUACAUCGGAGGCCAAAAGUCCCCUGCAGGCGACGACUGGGACACGAAAACUCGCGAAUCUACACUCGGGGCUUCGAGAUUUUCGCCUCGGGAUUAUAAAUUGGUUGAGGAAGGGAAUGACGGGGUUGUGGCGGUGUAUUUGGAGAGGAAGUUUGGGGAGGGGGUGGUGAAGUGGAGGGUGAAGGUGAGUGAGGUGGCGGAGAUGCAGGCUUUGAUGGUUUUGCUGGGGUUGUUGGAGAAGUCGAGACGGUAUAUGAAGUCGGUGAAGAGGGCUUUUCCGAAUACGAAUGGUUGGUGA